AUGAGUCGAGAAGAACUACCUUUCGAAGGGUUCGGUUGUAUCAACGAUGAGUCCUCGUUCUUAUCCACCUCCGAGCUUUCCUUCAUCUCAGCGGACCCCGAUGAAUAUCCAAGCGAGCGUUCUCAGGUCUCCGACUCCGACGAAGAAGACGUGUUUACCCAGUAUUAUGAGCACUCCUUCGCGAUUCACGAAAACAUUCCUUCUUCUCAGAUCGUUGGCGCGGAAUCCCUUGACGAAUCUUUUACCACGGAACUAGAAGACUUGUCCGCUGCUGUUUCCGCCAGCAGCCAAUCUCAUCCAGAAAUUCAACUCACACGCUCAAGGCUAAUAUCGAGCCAUCUCAGCGACCUCAAAGACAUGCCCAAUGCAGCCUAUCUACGGUCGAUAACCCCGCAGACGAUGACAGUGAACCUGGUGGUGGGUGUUAUAACCAUCUCGCAACCACGAAAUAUUAAGACACGCAGAGGCGGACGUUCGAUCGAGCUCGUUGAGAUGCUUGUGGGCGACGACACGAAAGCUGGCUUCGGAGUCAACAUCUGGCUUCCCCCUUCCCAGAAGAGCAAUCAUUCUGCACUUCAAGACGGUGAGCUACGAACCCAGACUUUGCGACUACGACCCCAGGAUGUGGUACUGGCAAAGACCGUCGCUUUAACCUCGUUCAGGGGUAAAGUCUACGGUCAAAGCUUACGGCGAGGGAUGACUACGCUGGAUCUGCUCUACCGGAAUGUGGUUGAUGGGGAUGAUGCACGUGGUGCUUACGGCGCCGCGGAAUUAGAGCAAGGCGCCAUCCACGAGCCGCAAGUCCGCAAGGUGAGGGAUGUCAAAGACUGGGUUAUGCGGUUCGUUGGAGCCAACACAGGAGCGUUGCCUUCAGGCAGAGCGUCGAAACCUCGCCUGGCGAACAAGAAUCAAAUGCAGGCAUUGCCAAACGAUACACCGCAAAAGUAG